CUCAUUUUAUCGUAACUGAUUCAUGAAUCUGGCGUUAUUUCAAAAGAAAAUUUUUGAGCUUUUUAGUUUUCUCUGCAAUUUCAUAAAAAAUCUGUGAACUCACUUUUCGAGCACGAAUAUCCAUCUCCUUUUCUUCUUUUCCACUUCUUGAAAUUAAAAUCCAACUCAAAUUUGCUUUCUUCUUCCUCAAUUUAUAUUUUUCUUUUGUGUGUUAAAUUCUUCAAAAAACUAUUUUAAUAUAUUUUUAAUACAUAUCUCUAGCAUAUUUGCGAUGGCUUUUCUGGCCAUAGAAAACGCCUCCUCCUCCUCAUCUGUUCCUCCUUCUUCUACUCGUGGAUGCAAAUACGAAUACGAUGUAUUUCUCAGUUUCAGAGGCAUCGACACCCGCAACAAUUUCACAGACCAUCUAUACUAUAGGUUGAAGCAAGAAGGGAUAUUCACAUUUAGAGACGAUGAGAGGCUUGAGCAAGGAACAAAGAUUAACUCAGGGCUCCUGAGAGCAAUAGAUGAAUCGAAAAUCGCUGUUGUUGUUCUAUCCAAACAAUAUGCUUCGUCGAGUUGGUGUUUGAUCGAACUAGCAAAGAUUGUUGAGUGCAUGGACAAGAAGAAACUGACAGUCCUUCCUGUGUUCCACUACGUGGAUCCUAGUGAUGUCAGGUAUCAGAGAGGGUCUUUCACGGAAGCUUUUGCAAAACAUGAAAAUCAAUUCAAAGAUAAGAUUGAUGAUGUGAAGACUUGGAGAGUAGCCUUGACAAAAGUUGCCAAUCUCUCUGGAUGGCAUCUAAAGGAUGAGUAAGAAUUUCUUUUCUUUUCUUUUCUUUUCAAAUGAUAGUU